UUGUGAUAAAAUGAAUGAUCAUUUCAAAACGCGUAUGAUGAUCGCGGGGUUGGGCCUGAUGGCCCUCGCUAUCAUCUAUGGGUUACGCGUAAACAUUUCGGUGGCACUGGUGGCCAUGGUUAACCACACGGCUAUAGAAAAUACCAAAAUUAUAAAAGGAAACAUAACAGCAGAAAUCAGUGGUAUGACAAGUGAACAAUGUGGAUUUAAUCGAGAGCAGGAACUUAAAAACGAGGAUGGACCAUUCGAUUUCACUAGCCAGCAGCAAGGUUUGAUCUUGAGCAGUUACUACUGGGGUUAUGCGUUGUCUAUGUUUCCAGGCGGCAGAAUUUCAGAAUUGUGGUCUGCAAAAUGGGUAAUGUUCUUCGCAGUUAUCACAAAUAUGGUAAUGACGCUUAUGACGCCGAUCGCAGCUUUUUAUCUUGGCUUUGGUGGCGUUAUAGUAUGCCAAUUCUUCAAAGGAAUCGGAGGAGGCGUUACGUUUCCCUGCACGCACUGCCUUUUAUCACAUUGGUCCCCCAAAGAAGAGCGUUCCAAAUUAUCGUCAUUCAUCUACGCCGGUACAUGUUUAGGAACUGUUGCCUCCCAAUAUAUGUCGGGCUAUAUAUCCAGUAAAUUGGGUUGGGCUUAUGUAUUUUACAUAAGCGGAUGUCUAGCUUUGCCCUGGGUUUUUAUAUGGUUGUUUUACGUAACAGAUUACCCAGUUCAUCAUAAAUUUAUAGCUGAAGAAGAACGAGAAAUGUUAGGACAAACCAUACAAGUUCCAUCCACAGAGAAACCUAAAAUGCCAUGGAGAGACAUAGCGACAUCUAAGCCGUUUUGGGCAGUUCUGAUUGGAAACACUUGCUCAAAUUGGGGGUUCUACCUAUUACUAAUAGAGAUACCAGUGUAUUUAAGACAAAUACUCUUAUUUGGUAUCCAAGAGAAUGGACUUUUAACUGCUAUACCGUUCUUCGCAAUGGCCACGACGACAAUUAUUACAGGAAAUAUUAUGGACUAUUGCAUAAAAAAUGGAAAACUAACAGUCGGUCAAGCACGAAAAAUUGCCACAGGAAUAGCAUCAUUGGGUCCUGGUACAUGUCUCGCGAUUCUGUCAUUCGUUGGCUGCUGGCGCUAUCUUGGCGCGGCGCUGCUCUGUUUAGCAGUAGCAUGCCACGGUGCGAUGUAUAGCGGCGUCAUGAUAAAUCAUAUUGAUAUCGCACCAAGAUAUGCUGGUUCCCUCAUCGCAUUCACUAACAUUCCUGGUACGAUAUCAGGAAUAGCAGUUCCAGUAUUUGUAGGUUAUAUGACGGAUGGAAAUCAAACCAUCGAAGCCUGGCGUUUUAUUUUCUUCAUGACGCUUGCUCUGUAUUUAGUUGAAUUCACAGUAUUUACGCUUUGGAGCAGCGGUGAAGAGCAACCUUGGAAUAAUGGGCCAACAAAACAGAAACAAUCAGUGGAUACUCAAGAACUACCUAUGAACACUGCUGAAAAAGACAGUUGAAAAUCAGAUAGUAUAGCAUUUUUACUGUUAGAUAAUAAAUGUUAAUAAUAUAAAAAUUAAUAGAAA